GACCGCUUUGAUGUCGCUGCCAAUGAAUUCGCUGUAUUCGCUCACCUGGGGCGAUUACGGCACCAGCCUCGUAUCGGCAAUCCAAUUGUUGCGCUGCCAUGGCGACCUCGUCGAUUGCACGUUGGCCGCCGGCGGGCGAAGUUUUCCCGCCCACAAGAUUGUCCUGUGCGCCGCCUCCCCCUUUCUGCUGGACUUGCUAAAGAAUACACCAUGCAAGCAUCCAGUAGUAAUGUUGGCUGGCGUCAAUGCGAACGAUCUGGAGGCGCUGCUGGAGUUUGUGUACCGCGGGGAGGUGAGCGUGGAUCACGCCCAACUGCCGUCGCUACUGCAGGCUGCCCAGUGCCUGAACAUCCAGGGACUGGCCCCGCAGACGGUGACCAAGGACGACUACACCACGCACUCGAUACAACUGCAGCACAUGAUUCCGCAACAUCACGACCAGGACCAACUGAUUGCGACUAUCGCCACGGCCCCACAGCAAACGGUUCAUGCCCAGGUGGUGGAGGACAUCCAUCACCAGGGCCAGAUCCUCCAGGCAACGACCCAGACCAACGCAGCAGGACAACAGCAGACAAUUGUGACCACCGACGCGGCUAAACACGACCAGGCAGUGAUUCAGGCUUUUCUCCCGGCACGCAAGCGCAAACCACGCGUGAAGAAAAUGUCACCUACGGCACCGAAAAUAAGCAAAGUUGAAGGAAUGGAAACGAUCAUGGGCACACCGACCUCCUCCCACGGUUCUGGAUCCGUGCAACAGGUGCUUGGCGAAAAUGGAGCCGAGGGCCAACUGCUAUCGUCCACACCGAUCAUCAAGAGCGAAGGACAAAAAGUAGAGACUAUUGUGACCAUGGACCCCAACAACAUGAUACCGGUAACGUCUGCAAAUGCGGCAACUGGCGAAAUAACAACGGCACAAGGAGCAACUGGUUCAUCUGGUGGCAAUACAACAAGCGGCUUAUCCACGCCAAAGGCUAAACGCGCUAAACAUCCGCCCGGAUCAGAAAAACCACGUUCGCGAUCACAAUCUGAACAACCUGCUACUUGCCCCAUUUGCUAUGCUGUCAUUCGUCAAUCCCGGAACCUGCGGCGCCAUCUCGAGCUGCGGCACUUUGCCAAACCCGGCGUGAAGAAGGAGAAGAAAAGUAAGUCCGGUAACGAUACAACCCUAGACUCCAGCAUGGAGCUGAACACAACGGCAGAGGGCGACAACACAGUGGGCAGUGAUGGACCAGGCGGAGCAGGAUCAGCAGGAGGACAAUCAUCCGCAAUCAGUGGCAAGAAGUCUAGCAGCGGAUCCAGCGGUUCAGGCAGUGGAGCACUGAGCACCACUGGCAGUGUGCCACAGGUCCAGACGGUUCAAUCCCUGCACACCUUGCAGGGUGUGCAGGUCAAAAAGGAUCCGGAUGCCCAGCAGCAGCAGCAACAACAACAGCAACAACAACAGCAGCAGGCAAUGACAGUGAGCGGUGCGACGGGCGGACAAGUGCAACAACAGGUGCAGCAAGUGCAGCAGCAAGUCCAGCAGCAGCAGCAACAGCAGCUGCAACAUCACCAAAUCAUAGACUCGUCGGGCAACAUAACAACGGCCACGACGAGUGCUCAAGCCGCGGCUGCCGCACAGCAACAGGCGGCAGGUCAGCAGCAGCAACUAGUGGCUCAAUCCGAUGGCAGCGAGAGUGGAGCUCCGCUUUCGAUUGCCCAGGUGCAGACGCUGCAGGGCCAUCAGAUCAUUGGCAAUUUGAAUCAGGUGAAUAUGACUGACUUUCAACAACAACAGCAACAGCAGCAGCAGCAGCAACAACAGCAGCAGCAACAGCAGCAGCAACAACAACAGCAGCAACAGCAAACACAACAGACGCUCUGAUCGGACCGAAGUCUUAGAUCCACCUUGUACUAUUCUAUACAAAUAUUAAUUUGGGUUUUUGCUAAACGCUUUAAAUAUUCUCUUUGCGGAAUGCGUAGACGAAUUCUAAAUUAGUUUUAGAAAGCCCGAAAGGCAUAUUUAGUUGUUUACCUUACCAUUUUGUUGUACAAUUUUAUGACUUUAAAUGUUGAUUUGCCCCCCCCUACAAUUUAUUUUGUUGCUAGAUAAACGCUAAAGUGCUCUAUGGUUAUUGGAAA